GAAAAUCUUUGGCGUGUGUCUGCAAUCUCUGAAGCUGUUCCGAAUUUUAUUUGUCGAUUGUAAAUUAUCGUGAGUCGAGACUCGAAAGACAUGGCUGGGUUAACAGCGCUGCGAAAUGUUGCUACAAAGCGUUCAACUGUAUUAAAUGGAUGUAAAUAUGCCUUCUCAACAUGUUCUGUGCGAUAUGGUGAGGACAUUGAUACUGCUUUGAAGAUAAAAGAAGCUCCCCAAGUUGACAGUAAACGUGCCUUAAUGAAACCAGAAGAAGUAGUGGCCCGAAAACACCUUGAAGGUUACAUCACUGUUGACCAACCGGCUGACAUUUCUGUCAUCACUGGGGUCCCUGAAGAGCACAUCAAGACCCGAUUAGUGAGGAUUUACAUGCCUGCAAAAAAUGCAAUGCAAUCUGGCACAGAUAAUACCCACCGUUGGGAGAUGGAGUUUGAAACACGGGAGAGAUGGGAAAACCCUCUUAUGGGUUGGGCAUCUACUGGUGACCCAUUAUCAAACAUGAAGAUUGACUUCCAAACCAAAGAUGAUGCAAUAAGUUUUUGUGAAAAGAAUGGUUGGCGUUGGUUUGUUGAGGAACCAAAGCCAAAACAAGCGAAGGUCAAAAAUUAUGGUUUCAAUUUCUCAUGGAACAAGCGGACAAGGGUUUCAACAAAGUAAAUUAUUAAAACUGUUAACUGAUGCACAGAUGCAUGUAGCUGAAAAAUUAUAUGGUAUUAAAUUAAGUAGAUGAUAAUGUACUUCGUGUGAUUUCUGUAAAAUAUAGAAACUGUUGCAUAUAUCAUCAGUUCAGACCAUGUAUUCCAGUGUGAAAAACCAGAUGUCAGUGUAUUCAGUGUGUAAAAUAAAAAUUUUUUUGAACUUUA